AUGGCUUUUAGGAUACCAGCUUCGUCGCUCCUUCGGUUCGCCCGACUACCUAAUCCAGCGAUAAAGGGAUUCGGGCUCACUCCUGUGCAAAGACGCCUACUCUCGGACGAAACCAGAUCUGCUAUUGAUAAGGCAGUGGCUUCAGCACCUGUCGUCCUGUUUAUGAAAGGCACUCCCGAAACACCACAAUGUGGAUUUUCAAGGGCUAGCAUUCAAGUUUUGGGUCUACAAGGCCUAGACCCGAAAAAGUUCACUGCAUUUAAUGUGCUAGAAGAUCCGGAGCUAAGGCAAGGGAUCAAGGAGUACUCCGACUGGCCAACAAUCCCACAACUGUACGUCGAGAAGGAAUUCGUCGGUGGGUGUGAUAUCCUGAUGACCAUGCAUCAGAAUGGAGAAUUGUCAAAACUCUUCGAAGAGAAGGGCCUAGUCGUGCAGGCAGAACAAUGA